AUGAGCAACCGGGGAUCCAGUAACCACCGGCAAUCAUCAGUGUCGAGCUUCCGAUCUCGAUUUUCGUUUACAAUGCUCUCCAUGUUUGCCUGCAUGGCUUCGCUUUAUGUCGCCGGACGAUUGUGGCAGGAUGCAGAGAAUAGGGUCCAAUUAGUUCAAGAGCUCGAUAAACGCACCGGUCAGGGACAUUCUGCUGUGUCUGUUGAUGAGACUUUGAAGAUUAUAGACUGCAGGGAACAGCAGCAAAAGUUAGGAGCUCUUCAGAUGGAGCUGGAAAAGGCUAGGCAGGAAGGAUUUGUGUCAAAUUCUCUUGCAGGAAAUGGCGCGACAGAUGGAAAGAAAAAGCUUCUUGCUGUUGUUGGGAUCAUUACAACGUUUGGCCGCAAGAAUAAUAGAGAUGCAAUCCGUAAAGCGUGGAUGCCUGGAGGCGCUGCUUCAAAGAUUUUGGAGGAAAAGGGCAUCAUCAUAAGAUUUGUUGUGGGGAGAAGUGCAAAUCCUGGUGAUGGUUUAGAUAAGGACAUCAACAAUGAGAACAGGCAUCAAAAUGACUUCAUAAUUCUUGAUGAUCAUGUGGAGGCUGCUGAGGAGAGUACAAAGAAAGUGAAGAAGUUCUUUUCUCAUGCUGUGGAGCACUGGAAUGCUGAAUUCUAUGUUAAGGUCAAUGAUGAUAUCUAUGUAAAUAUUGAUGCUCUUGGGUCUGUACUAGCCAAUCAUUUGGAUAAGCCUCGUGUUUAUCUAGGUUGUAUGAAGUCCGGGGAAGUUUUCUCACAACCGACCCAAAAAUGGUAUGAACCUGAGUGGUGGAAAUUUGGGGAUAAAAAAUCAUACUUUCGGCAUGCUUCUGGAGAAAUAUAUGCUAUUUCACAGUCCGUGGCACAGUUUAUAUCAAUCAACAAGUCUAUGCUCCGAUCAUAUGCCCAUGAUGAUGUCAGUGCUGGAUCCUGGUUCAUUGGCCUUGAUGUAAAGCAUGUUGGUGAAAGGAAGUUUUGUUGCUCUUCCUGGUCGUCAGGUUCUUCUCUUUCUUUCUCCCCUCUACUCACUCCACAACCUCCACGUGUUUUGGUCUUUGGUUAA